ACUACGACAUCACUUUUUUCACAGACGAGUGAAAGACGGUGAAUGUGAAAGUAAAACCAAACCUAACUAAACGCUUUAGCGAUAUCUCUUCAAACAUCCGAAUAGUCAUUCAGACUCUCUGAAUAAAGCUGAGAUUCACUCACAGUCAUGGCGAUGGCGUCCUCUAGUGGUCCAUUAGAUGAAGAGCUUCAGUGUUCUGUGUGUCUGGAUGUGUUCAAUGAUCCAGUCACCACUCCAUGUGGACACACCUUCUGCAAAACCUGCCUGAACGAAUGCUGGGAAAACACAGAGAACUGCGUCUGUCCAUUCUGUAAAGAAACAUUCAUGAAGAGACCGGAUCUGAAGAUCAACACCACACUCAGAGAGGUUGUAAAGCACCUUCUUGUGCAAAAUCUGGAGAAAUCUAGAGAGGUCGUUCAGCACUUUAAAGAAAAGAUUCAUCUGGAUAAACCUGCUGUUUUCUGUGACUUCUGUACUGAGAAGAAAAAAGCUCUGAAGACGUGUCUGAUGUGUCAGAGCUCUUACUGUCAAACUCAUCUGGAGCCUCACACGAGAGUCCAGCGUCUGAAGAAACACACACUGAUCAAUCCUGUGAUCAAUCUGGAUGAUUAUAUAUGUCAGAAACACGAGAGACCUCUGGAGCUCUUCUGUCGAGAUGAUCACACGUGUGUUUGUGUCUUCUGUACUGAAGGAGACCACAAGACUCACAACACUGUCUCUAUAGAGGAGGAGAGCAGACAGAGGAAGACUCAGCUGGUAAAGACACAGACAGACACGCAGCAGAUGAUUCAGGACAGAAUCAAGAAGAUUCAAGACAUCGAACACUCAGUAGAGCUGAUGAAGAGAAAGACAGAUCAAGAGAAAGCAGACAGUGUGGAGAUGUUCAGAGAUCUCAUCCGCUCCAUCGAGAGAUGUCAGUGUGAUGUACUGAAGAUGAUGGAGGAGAAACAGAAAAGAGCAGAGAAACAUGCUGAAGAUGUGAUGAAAGAUCUGGAGCAGGACAUCAGUGAACUGAAGAAGAGAAACGUUGAGCUGGAGCAGAUCAUGUCAAACACUGAAGAUCAUCUUCAUCUCAUACAGAUUUCUUCAUCUCUGUGCACACCUGUCAACAUGAAGAACUGCUCUGACAUCAGUGUUGAUACUUCUGACCGUCUGAACACUGUGACACCUCUGACUCAACUGAAACAGACUCUGGAUCACAAACUAGAUCAAACAGUGUUGAUGAAGAAGCUGUUUGCAGUGGAUGUGACUCUGGAUGCUGAUACAGCUUCACCAUAUCUGAUUCUGUCUGAUGAUAGAAAACAAGUGAGACAUGGAGACGUAAAGCAAGACGUGUCAGAUAAUCCAGAGAGAUUUGAUAAAUGCUCAUGUGUUCUGGGAAAGGAGGGAUUCUCCUCAGGGAGAUUUUAUUUUGAGGUUCAGGUCAGUGGAAAAACUGAAUGGGAUUUAGGAGUGGCCAGAGAAUCUAUUAACAGAAAGGGCCGGAUCAGACUGAAACCAGUGAAUGGAUACUGGACUGUGGCUCUGUGGAACGAGAAUGAAUAUAAAGCUCUCGAUGAUUCUCUUGUCUCUCUGUCUCUGAGUGUGAGUCCACAGAAGGUGGGUGUGUUUGUGGAUUAUGAGGAGGGUUUGGUCUCUUUUUAUGAUGUGGAGUCCAGAUCUCAUAUCUACUCGUACACUGGUCAAACUUUCACUGAAACUCUCUAUCCAUACUUCUGCCCAUCUCUUAAUGAUGAAGGUAAAAACUCAAAGCCUCUGAUCAUCUUACCUGUGCGUGAAUGAAUGAACCAGUAAAUUAUUGACUGAAUGAAUGUGAGAUUGAAUGAAUAAAUACUCCACUAAGAACUUGAAAUGAUUAAAGGAAUAGAUCACCAAAAAUGACAUCAUCACUCACCCUCAUGUUUUAUUCGUGAAACACAAAAGACGAUUAUAGGAAUCUUUACACAGCUCUUUUCACACCACACUUGUCAAUCUCACAAAAAGGAUAAAAAUAACAUGUUCAGUUUCUACAAAUGUGAGAAUCCUCUAUUAAUAGUGCAAAACCCAAUUUAGCCAAACUAAUUUAUUCAACCUUGAAUAAAAUAAUAAAUGCAAAUCAUACAGAACGAUCUUUACAUUUUUACAAAUAGUUUAGAAAACAACUUGUCUUUAAAUAUAUUACAAUAUUUGGGUAAGAAUGUGUGGCAGGCAGUUUAGUUUCUCAACUUUACAUUUUAAAUAGACAUUAUUUACUGUUAUGUGUUUUGUUAUGGACAUUGAAGAGGGAUUUAUGAGUUGAUAAACUUACACUUAUGUGAACAAACAGACAGACUGUAAGUGUUAUGAACUGUGUGAGAUCUUUAUUGUUGACAAACAAAUGUGAUUCUUCUGAGCACCAAUAAACGUGUAUGUGUGUGUUUUA